AUGUUCGCAAAGACCCUCUCCGUUGUGGCUCUCGCCACCGCCGUCAGCGCCCACGGCCACGUCCAGACCGUCAUCGCCGAUGGCGUCGAGUACACCGGCGGUCUCCCCCACGCCGCCCCCGCGGACGCUGUCGGCUGGGCCGCCGGCAACCAGGACAACGGCUUCGUCGAGCCCAACGCCGCCGACACGCCCGAUGUCAUCUGCCACAAGAGCGCCACGCCCGCCUCCAACGCCGCCAUCGUCUCCGCUGGCUCCUCCCUCACCCUCCAGUGGGACACCUGGCCCGUCUCCCACCACGGACCCGUCAUUGACUACAUUGCCCCCGUCUCGGGCGACUUUAGCUCCAUCGACAAGACGUCCCUCCAGUUCGUCAAGCUCGCCGAGGCUGGCCUCAACUCGGGCAACAACCCGGGUGACUGGGCCUCGGACGACCUCAUCGCCAACGGCAACGCCUGGACCGUCGACAUCCCCGCCAACCUCGCCCCGGGCAACUACGUCCUCCGCCACGAGAUCAUCGCCCUCCACUCCGCCGCCCAGGUCAACGGCGCACAGCUCUACCCCCAGUGCAUCAACAUUGAGGUCACGGGCUCCGGGUCCGCCACGCCCGGCGGUGGCGCCCCCUUUACUACCUUUUACACACCCGAGGACCCUGGCAUCCAGUUCAGCCUCUACCAGGACUUUUCUUCCUACCCCAUCCCGGGGCCUGCUGUCUGGUCUCCUUAG